UGAGACUGUUACCUACGUCGGCCUCACCUUCGGAUGAAUGGGAGUCCCGUAAUCCUCUCCGGGUCGUAACCGGAGACGGCUGCAGCGGAGGCGGCUGUGAGUGCUGCUGAUGCUGGAGGCGAGUAGCUCUUCGCGUGUUCAUCUCCUCGGCUUCCUGGAGUCGCGGCUGCCUCCGCUUCCGAGACCGAAGUCACUGUAUAUAUGCCUUGUUUCCUGGGUCCACGGGAAGUAUGAGCCUGUUGGGACUUGGGACAAGAAGAAAACAAGACAUCUUCACAAGGAAAACCAGACACUAACAAAAAGUAUCCCAAAGUCUGAAGAGAUAAAACACAAACAUGACCGACAGAGGACUUAGGGAUCCUCCAGAGGACCCUCAAAAGGAUUUGGAAAAUGAUCCAUCAAUAAAUUGUCAGGCACAGGAGACUACAGUCACAGCAAGUACCACUGAAGAAGCUCAGACCCCAAACCCUGCCUCUGGUCUUAACAAAGACCACCAAGAGGUAGAAACAGUUGGUCCAGGAAGUACAGAUACAGAUGAUCAAUCAGAAAGUCCAGAUGAAACAGAUUAUAGGAAAUAUCCAAAGGAUACAGAAGGUGAGAACAGCCAGAGUUUCCCGGGUGGCGAACAAGGGCAUCAACUGCCUUCAGAAAGUCUGGGUGAAGACCUCUUGGAUGCAGAACCCAACUGUUCUCCAAGUGACAAGGUGGGAAGAACAGAUGCACGCUUAGUGAGCAGCUCUGCAGCCCUCCCUGAGCAUGUGAGCGACAGACCCGGAGCUUUGCAGGAGCCACCUGUCCUUGACCCUCAGGAUACCCAGAGUCCUGGGCAUUCCAGUGCAGGGCUGGAGAGGCAGAACACACCGAGGAAGCGACUGCUGACACCAGAGGUUGAGAGACAUCAACAAGAAACACAAAAAUUGGAAGGAAACAAAGAGAAUGCACAGGAUACCAUAAGAAAGAUUAAUAAAAAGAAAUUUCUGAGCUAUGGCUCCAUCUUUCUUGGCUUCCUGGUUCUGACUCUUGCUUUGCUAAGUUCUGCUAAUAGCUAUUAUUCCUCUCCGGCCCAGCAAGUGACCAAAAAUCCAGCUUUGGAGGCCUUCUUGGUUCAUUUCAGCCAUUUGAAGGAUAAAUUUCCAGGCCAGAGUUCCUUUCUGUGGCAGAGAGGACGCAAGUUUCUCCAGAAGCACCUCAAUGCUUCACACCCCACUGAGCCAGCCACCAUCAUAUUUACAGCAGCUCAAGAGGGAAGAGAGACCCUGAAGUGCCUCAGCCACCACGUUGCGGAUGCUUACACGUCUGCCCAGAAAGUCUCUGCCAUUCAGAUUGAUGGAGCUGGAAAAACCUUUCAGGACAGUGAUGAGGUCAAGCAUUCAGUUGACAGGGAGCUGAGCUCUGGAUUUGAGAAGGGCCAGAAGGCUGCUGUGGUCCACCGCUUUGAAUCCCUUCCUGCAGGCUCCACCUUGAUCUUCUACAAGUAUUGUGACCAUGAGAACGCUGCCUUUAAAGAUGUGGCCCUGGUCCUGACCAUCCUACUGGAGGAGGAAACAUUAGAAGCAAGUGUCAGCCCAAGGGAAACUGAAGAGAAAGUGCGAGAUUUACUUUGGGCGAGGUUUACCAACUCUAACACUCCCAGCUCCUUCAACCACAUGGAUUCAGACAAACUGAGUGGACUGUGGAGCCGCAUUUCCCACCUGGUGCUGCCUGUCCAGCCAGUGAGGAGCAUAGAAGAACAGGGCUGCUCUCUAUAAGCUAAGCACAGAGUUGGUUAUAUUCAGCAUGGGUUUAUUAAAAAGUCAGUUUAAAAGCCUUCCAUUUAUAUGGAAGGAGGUUGACGAAUGUGAGGAAAUAGCCUGGAAAGCACAAAUGAGCUUAUUUGAGAAAAGAAAUUUUCAUUUUUUACUUUUUGUAAAAUCUUUCUAAUCUAAGCUUGACAAAGCUAAAAGUUGACCUGACUUUUUUUCCUUGCCUUUCAAGCAAAUCAGGUAUAUAUAACUGAGGAAUGUUCUUUAGUCCAAAAGUAGAGCAACAGAAUCAUUACAUGGAAAGAUAAUCUUCUCAGUAACUACAGAGUGAUUUUUGUUUUCUUGAGGCUCUAAGGAGCCUUUUGGAUAGUAUUUGGAUGCAGAUUAAAGCAAUUACAAUUAUAAAACUGAAAAUUUUUUUAAAAAUUUCUAUCACAUGUUAAAUAUUUUUAAAAUUCAUUUUAAUAACCUAGUUGUGGGAUUACAUCUUAUGCUUUUUUGCACUUUUGAAUAGUAUGAAAAAGGAAAUAAGAAUUCCUAUACUUAUUUACCUAAAUACUAUAUGUAAGGCACUGUGUUUUUGUUCCGUUAAUGAGCCCUGAGGGAAAAGCAGCUGUGCUCAAGAAAUGUUCUUAAAAAUUGAAAACAAUGGGGGAAUUGUUUAUAAUCACUGCAAAUGAAGAAAUUCCAAUUGGCUGUGUCUUUGCUUCAAUUUUCUUGAAUGAUUUAGAGCAGUGGUUUUCAGGCUGUCUACUGGCACCCCUCCCCUUUGUAUCAAAGAAGUUCUUCUUUUUCCCAUUUUAUAUAUUGGGCUCCUCCAUAAGAUUUAAUUGGAAUAAAGAGUUCCACUGAUAAUGAAGUUUGAAAAUCACUGAUUAAGUGAAAAAGCAUCUUGGAAGAUAGGAAAAAGAUGAAAAUACUAAAACUCAUGAGUAGGUUGAAAAUAAAAUACAGGUUUAUCAAGAGACAUGCUAUUUAUGAAGAAUAAAGACUUACAGAUGAAUAGCAGAAUGUAUAAACUAGUAUUUACUAGCAUAUUUCUAUGCUUUUGGUUAAUCUCUGUUAUCAUUUCUGUCUCCCCUGAAUGGAAUUUUAUAAUUGUCUACAAUGAGAGUUUGAGUGCUUUAAGCAGAACAGAUUUUAAUAACCAGCUGAAUCGUAGAUUUUUAUAUAGGUACAUUAGCAUAACUUUACCAUACUGUUUACUUAUUAUACAGUGAUGGAACAUUUAGCUAAUGCAGUUCAUUUCUUGACCAGCUAGUUAGAAGUAUGAUUAGGUUAACAAUUAGGUAAAUGCAAGAGAUGUUAUACUUAGUGAGAGGAAGUGGAAAUGGUAGAUAGAUUCUAAGAGGUUUUAACAGCUAGUAUUAAUUGUUGGACCAUGUUCUGUGAUUGUAAGAAAGCUUGAGAAAGAUGUUUAUGGAGACAGUGAUUGUUGAUUUGCAUCUUAACCCCAAAGGCAGAACUUUAGUAAAAUGAUCUUGACCUAAUGAAGGAUUUGUCCCAUUACAUGGCAUACCUAGGAACUAUCACCAUGAACCUGGAAUAUUUCAGUUAGGUUUUGGCCUCUGAAGUCAUGUGACUAAAGUAUGGAAGAAUUUUCGGAAACAGUAAGAAGAUACAGGGGUUUUUGUUGAUCCCUAAACAGAGAGCAUAAAGACAUGGGGGGAAGAAUCUAUUUGAAAGUGUUUGUCACAGGAAAAACAUAGAUCUGUUCUAACCAAGACCUGACAUUGUGCUCAACUGAGCAUAAGGCCAUACCUAAAGGAACUGUUUUCAUUUGGGACUUUGUGAAGGACUCUUCCGCUAGGUUUGAGGAGAGACCUUCCUGAACAAAAAGUUAAAGCAUAGUGAAUAUAAUAUCAAUCCAACUUAAAGUCAGCGGAAAUUGAAGAACAAUCUAUAUGCCAUAUUCAAUGUUUUUUGAUAUUUCUAGAUCUCAGAUGCUAGCAUUACAUCACACAGAACCAUUGGUGCCUUGUAGAACUGGUGCCUGCUGACCUGUGCUACCUCAGAUUUAUAGAGAACCAGUAUGAAGUGUGCACAUCUAAUCUGUCAGUGACUCAGACCACAGCUGAGACAAAGAUGGUUUCGUCAUUCAGUUGAAUAUGGUUUUUCAUCAUUUCCUUUCAGUACAAUUUAGAAAAUAUUUCCAAAUGUCACAAUUUUUUUUUUUACUGUUCAGCCUUUGUUAAAAAAAGUCUCCUUCCAUGUAUAAGUGCAAUGAACUGAAACUGUUUUCAGUUUUCUGUCCACUAUUUCAAAAAUCAUUUUUAAAAGGAGCAGUAUAUUAGCUCUGUCCUCAUGAAUAAAAUGAUUAUUCUUAAAG